GUCUCCUGUGGGGAGGGACAGGGGAAGAGACUGGAAUCAAAGGGGUUGUAUGGGAAGGCCCUUGAAAGAGAAGAGCAAAGACAGCGUGAAGGGGACAAGGCCUCCAUCUUAGACACCAUCUAACAGACAGGACUACUUGUCAUCCUUGGCUUCCAAUAUGAUUCCCUGGUGGAGGGCCACUCAGCUGGUGGCUCGGGGAAGAAGUCUUGCAACAGCAGCUGCUGGUGAACACCAUGGCGGUGGGUCAAGUGGUCGGACAUGGAAGAUCCUGUCCUUUGUGGUGGCACUUCCUGGAGUAGCUGUCUGCAUGCUGAAUGUGUGGCUGCAACAGACAAACCACCCCCAUGAACGCCCUGAGUUCAUUCCCUAUCACCAUCUUCGCAUUCGGACAAAGCCUUUCCCUUGGGGUGAUGGAAAUCACACCUUCUUCCAUAACCCACACACCAAUCCACUGCCCACAGGUUAUGAAGAUGAAGGUGGCCACCACUAGAGCACUGCUGUUCUCUCUCUUUCUCUCUCUCUGGGUGGGAAGAUAUAAAUGCACAAGCCUUGGUAAAACCACAAUUCAGACAGCCUUCCCUACUUGGGAGACAAUAAAAAUAAUUUUUAAUGGA